GCCGCCUCUUUGCUCUUCCACUGCCGCCUGGUCCGUGACGAAACCGACACGCUCAUCUGCCAGAAUGGCUUCUUCAUCCUCUCAGCAGUCCGAGUACGUGACGCUCGUGUCAGGCGAUGGAUUCGAGUUUGUGAUUCCCAGAAGCACGGCCUGCAUUUCGGGGACGAUACGUCGCAUGUUGGAGCCGUCUAGUCGAUUCUCCGAAGCCAUAACGGGUCGCUGCGUCCUCGAGAAUAUCAGCGGCAUUGUCCUAGAGAAAGUCUGCGAAUAUUUCUGCUACAAUGAGAAGAAUAAAAACCAGACUAACGUGCCGGAUAUGGAUAUUCCGCCGGAACUGUGUCUGGAGAUGUUGAUGGCAGCGGAUUAUUUAGAUACGUAACGUCUGAGGUGAGAUUUCGCUGUGGACGGAUCUGGAUAGGCGCUGUGCUAAUGUUUUUGGAUUUAGGAG